AUGCCCUUGCUUCUCCGUCUAAUCACACUGCAUCUCCUCCAACUCCUCCGUUUGGUCAAAGACUUAGCUCUCCUUCUUGCCUUCCCAAAUCCGUCGGGUUUCUCCUUCCCGAUCGACAUGUCCUCCUCCCUCCUCCUCCUCCUUUCUCUCUUCUUCCCUUCCACCCUCUCCGUGGCGGUGACUGCCCAAUCGUUGGCCUUGCCGUCCAACAGCUCCACUGUCUACAACAUCCUCCAGGAGUACAACCUCCCUCCUGGCAUCCUCCCCGACACCGUCAAGUCUUUCUUCGUCGCUUCCAACGGCUACUUCGUCAUCGAUCUCUACGGAGAGUGCUACGUCGACUUCGAGUACGUCGUCUACUACGCCCCGCACGUGUCUGGCUUCCUCGGCUACGGCUCCAUCUCCAACCCUGAGGGUGUCCAGAUCCAGAGCUAUCUCAUUUGGUACGGCGUCAGCUACAUCAAGGUCAACCUCCCCUACUCCGAUUUCGUCUACAUCCAGUUCGGCUAG